AUGCCUCCUCCCCCAGCGCCCUCUGCCAGAUCUCGCCGCCAAAGCCAUGUCCCGCCUCCAUCGUCUACCUCCGUCUCGAAUCGCGCUCCAAGAAAAUCAGUAGGCCCGGGUAUCUUUACUAUGGAUACCCCCGGAGAAUCCAUGCCGAAGCGACGACCUAGUUUAUCGAUGCGCAAAGCAAGUGUUGAUAACAAUAGACCCGAUCCACGCUACCGACUGCGCUCGACAAAUAACAAUGAUUCUGAUAGCAUUGGCACCACCAGUGCCAGAUCACUUAAAACCAAAUCAUUACAGCCACCGUCAAGGGAACGGCUGACCCAGGAUUCCUUAUUAACACCUACAGCUGGCGACAGAACGAAUGGCCUCUUGACCCCCGUGAAACCCGCUGCUGGCAGCACUAAUACACCGUCGUCGUCGUCUUCAUCAAGCAAGCGGAUGUCAACCAUGCCUCAUGCUACAGGCUUAGGCGCACGCACAAUUAGCCCUACCGAUGCGCGACGAAUGAAGCGAAUGUCAAUGAUGCCGCAGGCUCCUCCUGUGCCUAUUACACCACCCACCGCUCAACCUGCACCGCCAGAAGUGCUGACCCUGCGACCACGAUCAUCUCAAUCACCAUCCAUGAUUCCGAGGAAGAGUGUCACUCCCUCCUCGUCCCGCACGACACCCGAUCCUAGUCGCAAGUCUUAUAGCUCUGGCGUGUCGCUAUCCUCAAACACUAGCUACAAUUCUGCUCGUAAUUCUAGCGGAUCUUUGCAGCCUCGACUGUCUCAAACAUUCUCCUCUUCUCGGCUUCCCACGCCUAAGCCACGAAUGGAGAACUCUAACAAUGGUACAGAGGAGGUACCUCCCGUGCCUGCUAUUCCCAAAGCAUACGAGUCGCCAAAAACAGAAGCCGAGAUCGUGUUUCCGACUAGUGCUCGUAAAUCUAGUCUGCCGCUGGACAUUGAAUCGUCACGCGGCUCAGAUUCCAGUCGACCAUCCACGACUGUCAACAGCACUUCAGAGUCUUCUGCACCAGCUGCGCCAUGGAUGACAGGAACUAGGACUCCGGAAGCCAAAGGAAAGCAAUCUGCUGCUCUAGGGCGGAAGAGCUUACAGCCAUUGAAACUUCCUCCGUUGAACUUGUUGCCACUCAGCACCCCAAUGGCUGCGAAGAUUGAGGCUCUGAACAACAAUAAUAACCAUCAACAGAAUCCGUCUACACCCCCUCCACGUACUAAUAUCCCCAAGACUCCUAGUACACCGAUGACAGCCUCCAAGGCAUCCUUUUUCAAGAACGAUGAAGACGAAGUGGAAGGAACUCAGCUACCUCGAAGUAGCACAUCCCACUUUCUCGUCAGCACAUCCAAUACGACAGGCUUUAGGGCACCAAGUAGCUCUAGCGCUAUCGUUCCUCUAGAAAUGCCUUCAUUGAGCCGCAAUAUGUCUCCAUAUAUAUCCUCAUCACUACCUAAAUCGAGCAGCGACUUCAACUUCAUGCGUCAACAUUUGAGCGGGGAGUAUUCAAUGGCUCAGCCAGGUACGAAAUUGAUGGGUCCCAGACCUCAGACUCAGUCUUCGGCUUUUUCACUUAACACGGAUACCGGAACCCGCCUAUCAAGUACACCGGAUGCUGAUGCAAGUGGUGCUACAUUGAAGAGCAAGCUGCCCUCAACGCUCAGACAUAGUGUAUCUAAGCCUAUCUUGGCAUCUGAUACCAAAGUCAACGCAGCAAAAUAUGACAGUAUGCCUCCACCUCGGCUUCCAGCAUCUGCUACGUGGAACGGUUUAUCUGCAGUUGCAACGCGUACAACUAGUCCAACACUGAAAACCUCCUUCAUGUCCAAUCAUCGCAAGUCUUCUUUGUCUAGCCUGAACACCAAGCAAUCGAGCUUCAACAAUGAAACAACCACAUAUACGAUGCCGAGUCCUGCAAUUACCGAUCCUGGGGAGUCAGAAACUGCUGAUAAUCACCGUCCUGCAUCUUCAAUUUUGUCACCAGUGCACAAGAUGAUCAACUCCGCUAAAUCAAAUGCCGGCCCAAGGCCUCGUAACGCAGACCCUAACGUCGACUUGGUUGAGCUCGCUGCAGACGAAGAGAUGCGCAGACUUGGCAGUAAAAGGAAAGACUUUGAGGUAGCUGCGAAAGAGUUGGACGAAUUGCGUCGUCGGGCCAGUCCGAAGGAACGCGUUGGCCCAGCCCAAGCGCUCAAGAUGGCUUCUCUUAACAUUUUUGAACGAGGUGAAAUCAUUGAUUUCAAAGAUAUCUAUUUCUGUGGCACGCAAAAGGCUAAGAAGCACGUUGGCGACCUCAAAUCGCAGGCAACCAACUUUGGUUACGAUGACGAGCGGGGUGACUACCAAAUCGUUAUUGGUGAUCACUUAGCUUACCGAUACGAAGUGGUGGACGUUCUGGGCAAAGGUAGCUUUGGUCAAGUUGUCCGAUGUGUUGAUCAUAAAACAGGUCAACUGGUAGCCGUGAAGAUCAUCCGUAAUAAGAAGAGAUUCCAUCAACAAGCCUUGGUCGAGGUCAACAUUCUGCAGAAGUUGAAGGAAUGGGACCCUAAUAAGAAACAUAGCGUCGUACACUUCACCCAAAGCUUCUACUUCCGUGGCCAUCUUUGCAUCUCAACCGAACUGCUUGGCAUGAACUUGUACGAGUUUAUCAAAGCUCAUAACUUCAAGGGAUUUUCUUUGAAACUUAUCCGUCAGUUUACCAAGCAAAUGCUCAGCACUUUAGUGCUUUUGCAUUCAAAGAGAGUUAUACAUUGCGACUUGAAGCCUGAGAAUAUCCUCCUUGCUCAUCCUAUGCGAUCAGAAAUAAAGACUAUCGACUUUGGAUCCAGCUGUUUUGACCAUGAAAAGGUCUACACAUACAUUCAGAGUCGUUUCUAUCGUUCUCCCGAGGUCAUCCUUGGGAUGUCAUACGGCAUGGCGAUCGAUAUGUGGAGUUUAGGAUGCAUCCUCGCUGAGUUAUAUACUGGUUAUCCUAUCUUCCCCGGAGAGAACGAACAGGAACAGUUGGCCUGUAUCAUGGAAAUUUUCGGGCCACCGGAGAAGCAUUUAAUUGAUAAGAGUACUCGGCGAAAACUAUUUUUCGACUCUUUAGGCAAGCCUCGUUUGACUGUAUCGUCCAAAGGUCGACGGCGCCGGCCAAGCUCCAAGGACCUCCGGCAGUCUUUGAAAUGUGACGACGAGCCAUUCUUGGACUUUGUUGCUCGCUGUCUCAGAUGGGAUCCUGCGAGACGAAUGAACCCCAACGAUGCCAUGAACCACGAAUUCAUUACUGGAGUCAAACCUACCGGUCGACCGCGUGCAUAUUUGUCUAGCAGCAACCUAGUCUCGAAACGACUCACAACCAGCGGAGUUCCCUCGUCUAGGCCUCUACCUGAGCCUCCCGGUAUAGGCGGCAAAGUUGGACUCGGAUUCCACAAAGCCACAAGCAGCUCUCCCGUCAAACCCGCCGCAAAGCGUUUGUCGAGUGUGAACAAUAAUAUGCAGCAGCCUGCUGCAAACAAGCGUAUAUCGAACAGUGGAACUGUGAGCAACGGCGUUGGUUCUGCACUCCCGCGCAGGAAUCCCAGUGGAAGUCUAGCCGCGGCGGCGGCAGCUACGAGCUUAUCUAACAAAUGA